AUUGCUCUUCACCACCAUCUGUUAUGUCUCAGCCAGUAAUUACGGAACAGCCGACCGUCGAACUUACAGAGAAAUUGGACCAAGGAAUUCCUCCAGGCGUAUUGGAAGCUCUGCAAGGUCGGUCCAGUCGAACCAAGCCGCCUCUGAGGUUGUUCACGACAUUUGAGAAUGGGGUAGCCGACGUUUCCCACAAGCACUACGCUAUCGGCGAUUACCCAGAUAUGUUGACAAACAGAUAUCAGCUUGUAUGCCCUAGGGAUGAAUGCCGCAGUAUCAUCCUGAGGGAAGGGAUUGCUCAUCUUGAAGAACGGGGUACUGUCCAGAUGCAACCCGGUCAUUUGGAGUUACAUCCGUUGAUGAUCCCGAUCCCCGAACCUCCUGAGAAAUCUUCUUGGUGGCUUGUUGGACCGACACCGAUGGAGUUUGAUAAUAUCGGAUUCUCGAAAGCCGUUGAUUCUGUACCACUCUCUCCGAAUGGCAAGAAGAUUAAAUUGCUUUCGUGUGCGGAAUGUGACCUUGGUCCAAUGGGUUGGUGUGAAGAGGGCGGAAAAGAGUUCUGGCUUUCAUGCUCCCGCGUUGGUUACAGAUAUAUCGAAUAAAUGAGUAUUCAAUAUAUUUCGGUAUGAUUGCCUUUGCUUGCCCUGUCCUAUGUGCUUAUUCUCACCUGGAAAGGAUUAGUUCGUUUUUAUCUGCGUUUAUCUAUCAUCAAAUCAGUUGUUAGACGUAGGAAUAGUAUGAUAUGCACACGUUCACUUAUCUAUUUGAUAUUCCUUCCUUUUUUGGCAUGUCACACUGCCACACAUCUCAGCUUUCAACCAUAAUGCUGAGAUGUGAGUACCUUCUAUACAUAUCUAUCCUUGACUGUAUUUACUUAUCACCUAUGUAGUAAUGUUAUGACAUUUUAUCCUAGC